AUGGAUCGUGCUAGUUUCUGGAAAUGGUUUUUAGUUGCCGCACUUGUUCUUUCACUUACUGCAUUCAUUCUUGGGUGGAUUGGCUUUGGUGUACCUGAUUGGCAUAAAUUUCAACGUUAUAAUAAUACUAUUGUAGAGUAUUAUGGUUUAUGGGCUUAUUGUCAAGAACAAAGCCCUCUAUUUGAUGCAAUUUGUCAACGAUGGCCAACAGCUGAAAAGGAAUUAUUUGCUGGAAGUCGACCAAGUUUCAUUCGUACUACAGAAGGUCUAAUGACAACUGGAAUGGUAAUACUUUCAUUGGGUCUUUUUAUUGGAAUCUUAGCUGCACUUUUACCUUUGCUCGCAUAUUUAGCUGCGAUUCUCGCUUUAAUAGCAUUUAUCUUUCUUGUAGUUGGCUUACCGAUAUUUGGUCGUCAAUCGAGUAUAUAUUCUCGAGUAAGAGGUGAUUAUUCAUACACUAAACGUUAUGGAUUUUGGCUUAUGGUACCAACUAUUGUGCUUGAGUUUCUUGCAAUACUCUUUUUUGCUGCUGCUGGAUUUUUAUAUAAAAAAUAUGGUUAUGGUAAUAUAGCAAAUAGUUUUAACAAUAAAUCACAUUAUCUACGUGAUAAUAAUGUAUAUGGUGGUAAACAAAAACUUGGACUACCUAGUUUCUUGACCGGACCUAGUGUAAUACCAGCACCCGUACCUAUUCCGUACGGAGUGAGACCGCCGUAUGCAAUUGGUGGUAAUCGGCCUCCUCCAAAUCCAUAUUUAACGACACAAACCAUGACAGAACCGAGUUUACUUUCACAAUAUCUGGCUCAACGUGUAACACCACUUUAUGAAUCAGCACCAAUACAAUUAACAAGUGGAAGCUUACUACCACAACCAACUAUUGCUCGAGUUGUAUCAGGAAGAGGUUUAAAUAAUGUAACACCAUCUUAUUAUCGAUUUGGUGAACCAGUUGGACCACAAUUUACACCGAUUAUCAAUUAUUCAGAUUAUUCACAAGAAUUCCAACCUAUAUGGAUUAGUUUAUCAUUAAUUAGCAUUAUUAUGUUCACUGUUGGUGGCAAUAGUCUUGUUUGUAUUGCUGUUAUACGUGAAAGACAUUUACAAAAUACAACUAAUUAUUUUUUAACAUCACUUGCAUUGACUGAUUGUCUUGUAGCAUGUCUUGUUAUGCCUUUAGCUGUUGCUGUAGAAUUUAUUGGACAUUUUCCAUUUGAUUCAUUAACUUGUAAUAUAUGGUUAACGUUUGACGUUUGUUGUUGUACAUCAUCAAUUUGGCAUAUGAGGUAUGUUAUGUCACUUAAUCGUUAUCUUACAUUACGAUAUCCAUUAAAAUAUGGACGAAAUAAACGACGAAGUUUUGUCACUUAUAAAAUAAUGAUUAUUUGGUUAAUAUCAUUUGCAAUAUGUUUACCAUUAUUUAUUCUUGGUCUUACUGAUUCAUCGAAUGUAUAUAAUAAAGAAACACGUGCAUGUUUUGCAGCUCAUCGAAUAUUUAAAAUAUAUGGUUCAUUUGUUGCUUUUUUUAUUCCAUUAAUUAUUAUGAUUGUAACAUAUGCAUUAACAAUGAGCGCGUUACAACAAGCGCAUGCAACAAAACAACAACGUACGAGAAGACGAAAAAAAAUUCAUGCUGUUGUUAAUCUUGCUGCAAUGGCUAUUAAAUGGAAACGAGCUGUAAAUACUGUUGAAAUACUUGAUGAAAAAAAUUUGUCAAUUAAUUUACAACAUAAUAUACCAUCCAUAGAAAAGAGAAUGUCUAUAAGUGAGCAACGAAAACGUUCUUCAUCAUUACUUUCAGUUGGAGAACCAAAAAAAACUAUAUUUAUUUCAAAUCAUUGUUUAAAUGAAUCUUCUCAGCCAAUAUCAUCUCUUACACAUCGAGAAAAACAAUUAGAAUUAUCCGAAGAAAAAUCAAUACAUCAAUCAUCAAAUCAACGUUUAUAUCCAAUUACACCAAAUAGUCUACAAGCACCUACAAAACGUUCUAAUUCUUGUACACCAUUACUUGAAGUUAAAAAUGCUCGUAGAAGUCGACGACGUAGUUCUUCUGUUCAUACUCUUCUACAAAUACGUCGUAAUUCAGCAGAAAUAACGAAAGAAUUAGCUCAUCUAAGUGCUCAAUUAUCUGCAUCAAUGACUAAUGAUGGUAUUGCUAAUAAACGAUUAUCACUUUCUAUUCCAAAUACAUAUGAAUCAAAUGAACAUGGAACACCUACAAUAGAUCAAUUACUUGCAGAAAUAAGUGUUAAUCAACCAAUUAUCAUUCCAUCAUCUUUUCUUACAGUAAAUCCAAAAAGACGUCGACGAUCAAAUAGUGCUGAUAUUCGAUUACCAAUUACUGAAUUUUAUGCAAGAAAAGAAUCUGUACCUAAUCUAACUAUUCCAGAUAUUCCAGAUCUACUUGUUACAUCCGAAAGUUCUCAGAAUAGUUCCUGUAAUAACCUUGAAUCACUUGAACAUCAUUCCAAUAUAGAUACGGCAUGUCAACGUAUCAAAGAUUGGAUUACAGUUACAUCAUCAUCAACAAAUCUUAAUCAUGAUCAUAAUUCUAAACUUUCUACACGUUGUGUAUCAGCUAAUAACUUUACGGAACAUACACCAAUGUUAACUGGAAAUAAACAACAUUGUUCAACAUUAACUAAUCUUCAACGACAUUUUCCUCAUAUUGAACAAUUAUAUGGACAAACAUCAACAUUAAAUUCAACGUUCCAUCCUCAACAACAACAACAUCAACAACAACAUUUACUUGUUAAUGAUCAUGUUGCUUCAGUUCAAAACUUUGCCACUGAGAAACGGGCUAGCGUUUGUUCAUUAACAUCAUCAUUGAUAAAUUCUCGUUUUUCUCGAAAUAAUCGACCUAGUACAUCAUCUUCAAUUGGUUCAUCAUCUUUACAAGGUACAAUACGUAAAGUUCGACCACGUCUACAUGAUAUUGUAUCACAAGUUAGUUUUCAAAUGGUAUCAUUAGAUACAGAUGAUACAUCAUCGUGUACAUCAAGUUUUACUCAUCAUUCAGCUCAUUUAAAAUCAGUAAGAUUAGGACCUGCAAAUUCAUUACCAAAUAAUACAUUCAAUAAAAAACGUCAAAGAUUUAAAAGUCUUGUUAAAAAAUCAGCCAGUAAUGAACGUAAAGCAAUGCGUGUAUUACUUAUUAUAUUUUGUAUAUUUGUUAUAUUAUGGACACCAUUUUUUGUUAUUAAUCUUGUUUCUUGUUUUAUUACGGAGAUUCAUCCUGUUUUAGCAUCUGUUGCAACAUGGCUUGGUUAUUGUUCAUCAUGUGCAAAUCCAAUUAUAUAUACUAUAUUUAGUCGAACAUUUCGUCAAGCUUUUGUAAAUAUAUUAACAUGUCGAAAAACAAUGAAUUCACAUCCAUCAUCACAAAUGUUUAGUCCAUCGGCUUAUUCAAAAUCAAUGUCAGUUGGACGAAAAUUAUCAGCAAUGACUAAAGGACAAUUUGAUAUACGUUAA